UGUUUUUACCAGCUGGCCAUUGCCAUCAUUCGAAUUCGAAGUGAUUCGAAGAUUUAUUUAUUUGAUUGUGUAUUUUUUAACAAGUAUCGUCGCAAGAAUAUGGACAUUUCCAAAGCAACGAACGAAAGAAAAUUGCAGUUGUGCCAAAAUUACUUCAGAGCUGGAUGGGCUUUUUUGCCAUUUGUUUGGGCCAUCAACGUGUGCUGGUUUUUCAACGAAGCAUUCCGAAAACCUGAAUAUCCUGAACAAGCGAAGAUAAAGCGAUAUGUUAUUUUAUCGCUGAUAGGCGCACUCAUUUGGGUCGCAAUCAUUAUUAGUUGGAUUAUAGUAUUCCAAACAAAGCGUGCAGAAUGGGGAGCAAUGGCAGAUUAUAUGAGUUUUAUUAUUCCAUUGGGAAGGGCCUAAAACCAAAGUAUACCAUAUUUAAGCGACAUUUUAAUUUUAAAAUUUAAAUAAAGAAAUCAUAGGUAAAACUCUGAAAUAAA